AUGGUGUCAACUGAUGUUGAGGGCAAUGGUACUGCCUACAGAGAUGUUGAGAUAGCUUCUGCACCAUUACUAGAACCAGCUACUAAGAACCAUUAUCUAGGCCGAAAUGGUUCCGACUACAGUCAUCACUGUCAAGCUGAUGAAAAAUGCUACAUAUCGCUUCCACUAAGACAACAAAAAGUAAGUAUUACAACAAGUACACAGCAAGUAACUACAGUAGAGUUUUGUGAAGACGAAAUGAGAAAUGUUGGAGCUAUUCCUGAUCAAUAUGUAGAUUACAGUAGCGAAAUCAACCCACAAGUAGAUUCCCAAAUCAACGGAACUGCAUGGACACCUGAUGUAUUGAAUGAUAAAAGCCCAAAUGUCACCGUUUCCUUUCCAACUACUGCAAUCGUCAAUGCUAUUUUAAUACAAGGCGGAGGAAUUAACGAUACUUUCUUGGAGAAGUUUACUGUGAAGGUGAAAAAUGUGGACGGACAGUGGGAAGAUAUAAAUGAUAUUAAUGGAAAUCCUAUGGAGUUUGUAGGUAAUACAGAUGGAGAUAGUGUCGUGACUGUAGACCUACCAUCAUUGGAACCAGUUAAGGCAAUUCAGAUCAUUCCAGUAGCCCAAUCUCAGCCUAUUAAACUCCGAUUUGAUUUAAUUGGGUGUCUUAUGGAAUCCACUACACAAGGUGUAACGACAGUUCCUACUGCUGGGAUAACCCUUUCUAGUAAAGGACCAUCAGUAACUGAAACAACUAUAUCUGCCACAUCGCCAUCUAUUAGUGGAACAACUGUAUCUGCCACAGGACAAUCUGUAAGUGGGACAACUAUAUCUGCCACAUUACCAUCCAUUAGUGGAACAACUGUAUUUGCCACAGGACCAUCUGUAAGUGGAACAACUGUCUCUGCCACAGGACCAUCAGUUAGCGGAACAACUGUUUCUUCCACAGUACCAUCAGUAAGUGGAACGACUGUUUCUGCCACUGGACCAUCAGUAAGUGGAACAACUAUAUCUGCCACAGUAUCGUCAGUAAGUGGAACAACAGUAUCUGUUUCAGGACCAUCUGUAAGUGGGACAACUAUAUCUGCCACAGGACCAUCUGUAAGUGGAACAACUGCCUCUGCCACAGGACCAUCAGUAAGUGGAACAACAGUAUCUGUUUCAGGACCAUCCGUCAGUGGAACAACUUUCCCUGGCACAGGACCAUCCGUCAGUGGAACAACUAUCCCAGGCACAGUACCAUCUGUUUCGGUAUCAACUACUCAAAAGGGUGCAGCAGGUGGUACAUCUCCACCUAGAAUAUCAUUUGGAACUUCAACAAUAUCUGGCACAGUACCAUCUGUAAGUGGAACAACUGUUUCUGCCACUGGCCCAUCUGUAGGUGGAACAACAGUCUCUGCCACAGGACCAUCUGUAAGUGAAACAACUGUCUCUGCCACAGGACCAUCUGUGAGUGGAACAACUGUCUUUGUCACUGGACCAUCUAUAAGUGGGACAACUGUUUCUGCCACUGGACCAUCUGUAGGUGGAACAACAGUCUCUGCCACAGGACCAUCGGUUAGCGGAACAACUGUUUCUGCCACAGUACCAUCUGUGAGUGGAACAACUGUUUCUGCCACAGGACCAUCUGUAAGCGGAACAACUGUCUCUGCCACAGGACCAUCGGUUAGCGGAACAACUGUUUCUGCCACAGUACCAUCAGUAAGUGGAACGACUGUUUCUGCCACUGGACCAUCAGUAAGUGGACCAACUACAUCUGCCACAGUACCGUCAGUAAGUGGAACAACAGUAUCUGUUUCAGGACCAUCUGUAAGUGGGACAACUAUAUCUGCGACAGGACCAUCUGUAAGUGGAACAACUGUCUCUGCCACAGGACCGUCAGUAAGUGGAACAACAUUAUCUGUUUCAGGACCAUCCGUCAGUGGAACAACUUUCCCUGGCACAGGACCAUCCGUCAGUGGAACAACUAUCCCAGGCACAAUACCAUCUAUUUCGGUAUCAACUACUCAAAAGGGUGCAGCAGGUGGUACAUCCCCACCUAGAAUAUCAUUUGGAACUUCAACAAUAUCUGGCACAGUACCAUCUGUAAGUGGAACAACUGUUUCUGCCACUGCACCAUCUGUAGGUGGAACAACAGUCUCUGCCACAGGACCAUCUGUAAGUGGAACAACUGUCUCUGCCACAGGACCAUCUGUGAGUGGAACAACUGUCUCUGUCACUGGACCAUCUAUAAGUGGAACAACUGUAUCUGCUACAGUACCAUCAGCUAGUGGAACAACAGUCUCUGCCACAGGACCAUCUGUAAGUGGAACAACUGUUUCUGCCACAGGACCAUCUGUGAGUGGAACAACUGUUUCUGCCACAGGACCAUCUGUAAGCGGAACAACUGUCUCUGCCACAGGACCAUCGGUUAGCGGAACAACUGUUUCUGCCACAGUACCAUCAGUAAGUGGAACGACUGUUUCUGCCACUGGACCAUCAGUAAGUGAAACAACCAUAUCUGCCACAGUACCGUCAGUGAGUGGAACAACAGUAUCUGUUUCAGGACCAUCUGUAAGUGGGACAACUAUAUCUGCCACAGGACCAUCUGUAAGUGAAACAACUGUCUCUGCCACAGGGCCAUCAGUAAGUGGAACAACAGUCUCUGCAACAGGACCAUCGGUUAGCGGAACAACUGUCUCUUCUACAGGAACAUCCGUCAGUGGAACAACUUUCCCUGGCACAGGACCAUCCGUCAGUGGAACAACUAUCCCAGGCACAGUACCAUCUAUUUCGGUAUCAACUACUCAAAAGGGUGCAGCAGGUGGUACAUCUCCACCUAGAAUAUCAUUUGGAACUUCAACAAUAUCUGGCACAGUACCAUCUGUAAGUGGAACAACUGUUUCUUCCACUGGACCAUCUGUAGGUGGAACAACAGUCUCUGCAACAGGACCAUCGGUUAGCGGAACAACUGUUUCUGCCACAGUACCAUCUGUGAGUGGAACAACUGUUUCUGCCACAGGACCAUCAGUAAGCGGAACAACUGUCUCUGCCACAGGACCAUCGGUUAGCGGAACAACUGUUUCUGCCACAGUACCAUCAGUAAGUAGAACGACUGUUUCUGCCACUGGACCAUCAGUAAGUGGAACAACUGUUUCUGCCACAGGACUAUCUGUGAGUGGAACAACUGUUUCUGCCACAGGACCAUCUGUAAGUGGAACAACUGUCUCUGCCACAGGACCAUCUGUGAGUGGAACAACUUUCUCUGCCACUGGACCAUCCAUAAGUGGAACAACUGUAUCUGCUACAGUACCAUCAGUUAGUGGAACAACAGUCUCUGCCACAGGACCAUCAGUAGGUGGAACAACAGUCUCUGCCACAGGACCAUCUGUAAGUGGGACAACUGUCUCUGCCACUGGACCAUCUGUAAGUGGAACAACUGUUUCUGCCACAGGACCUUCUGUAAGUGGGACAACUGUUUCUGCCACAGUACCAUCAGUAAGUGGAACAACUGUUUCUGCCACAGGACCAUCUGUGAGUGGAACAACUGUUUCUGCCACAGGACCAUCUGUAAGCGGAACAACUGUCUCUGCCACAGUACCAUCAGUAAGUGGAACGACUGUUUCUGCCACUGGACCAUCAGUAAGUGGAACAACCAUAUCUGCCACAGUACCGUCAGUGAGUGGAACAACAGUAUCUGUUUCAGGACCAUCUGUAAGUGGGACAACUAUAUCUGCCACAGGACCAUCUGUAAGUGAAACAACUGUCUCUGCCACAGGGCCAUCAGUAAGUGGAACAACAGUCUCUGCAACAGGACCUUCGGUUAGCGGAACAACUGUCUCUACCACAGGAACAUCCGUCAGUGGAACAACUUUCCCUGGCACAGGACCAUCCGUCAGUGGAACAACUAUCCCAGGCACAGUACCAUCUAUUUCGGUAUCAACUACUCAAAAGGGUGCAGCAGGUGGUACAUCUCCACCUAGAAUAUCAUUUGGAACUUCAACAAUAUCUGGCACAGUACCAUCUGUAAGUGGAACAACUGUUUCUUCCACUGGACCAUCUGUAGGUGGAACAACAGUCUCUGCUACAGGACCAUCGGUUAGCGGAACAACUGUUUCUGCCACAGUACCAUCUGUGAGUGGAACAACUGUUUCUGCCACAGGACCAUCAGUAAGCGGAACAACUGUCUCUGCCACAGGACCAUCGGUUAGCGGAACAACUGUUUCUGCCACAGUACCAUCAGUAAGUGGAACGACUGUUUCUGCCACUGGACCAUCAGUAAGUGGAACAACUGUUUCUGCCACAGGACUAUCUGUGAGUGGAACAACUGUUUCUGCCACAGGACCAUCUGUUAGUGGAACAACUGUCUCUGCCACAGGACCAUCUGUGAGUGGAACAACUUUCUCUACCACUGGACCAUCCAUAAGUGGAACAACUGUAUCUGCUACAGUACCAUCAGUAGGUGGAACAACAGUCUCUGCCACAGGACCAUCUGUAAGUGGGACAACUGUCUCUGCCACUGGACCAUCUGUAAGUGGAACAACUGUUUCUGCCACAGUACCUUCUGUAAGUGGGACAACUGUUUCUGCCACAGUACCAUCAGUAAGUGGAACAACUGUUUCUGCCACAGGACCAUCUGUGAGUGGAACAACAGUAUCUGUUUCAGGACCAUCUGUAAGUGGGACAACUAUAUCUGCCACAGGACCAUCUGUACGUGAAACAACUGUCUCUGCCACAGGGCCAUCAGUAAGUGGAACAACAGUCUCUGCAACAGGACCAUCGGUUAGCGGAACAACUGUCUCUACCACAGGAACAUCCGUCAGUGGAACAACUUUCCCUGGCACAGGACCAUCCGUCAGUGGAACAACUAUCCCAGGCACAGUACCAUCUAUUUCGGUAUCAACUACUCAAAAGGGUGCAGCAGGUGGUACAUCUCCACCUAGAAUAUCAUUUGGAACUUCAACAAUAUCUGGCACAGUACCAUCUGUAAGUGGAACAACUUUUUCUUCCACUGGACCAUCUGUAGGUGGAACAACAAGCUCUGCAACAGGACCAUCGGUUAGCGGAACAACUGUUUCUGCCACAGUACCAUCUGUGAGUGGAACAACUGUUUCUGCCACAGGACCAUCAGUAAGCGGAACAACUGUCACUGCCACAGGACCAUCGGUUAGCGGAACAACUGUUUCUGCCACAGUACCAUCAGUAAGUGGAACGACUGUUUCUGCCACUGGACCAUCAGUAAGUGGAACAACUGUUUCUGCCACAGGACUAUCUGUGAGUGGAACAACUGUUUCUGCCACUGGACCAUCUGUAGGUGGAACAACAGUCUCUGCCACAGGACCAUCUGUAAGUGGAACAACUGUCUCUGCCACAGUACCAUCAGUUAGUGGAACAACAGUCUCUGCCACAGGACCAUCUAUAAGUGGAACAACUGUAUCUGCUACAGUACCAUCAGUUAGUGGAACAACAGUCUCUGCCACAGGGCCAUCUGUAAGUGGAACAACUGUUUCUGCCACAGGACUAUCUGUGAGUGGAACAACUGUUUCUGCCACAGGACCAUCUGUAAGUGGAACAACUGCCUCUGCCACAGGACCAUCUGUGAGUGGAACAACUUUCUCUGCCACUGUACCAUCUAUAAGUGGAACAACUGUAUCUGCUACAGUACCAUCAGUUAGUGGAACAACAGUCUCUGCCACAGGACCAUCAGUAGGUGAAACAACAGUCUCUGCCACAGGACCAUCUGUAAGUGGGACAACUGUCUCUGCCACUGGACCAUCUGUAAGUGGAACAACUGUUUCUGCCACAGGACCUUCUGUAAGUGGGACAACUGUUUCUGCCACAGUACCAUUUGUAAGUGGAACAACUGUCUCUGUCACUGGACCAUCCAUAAGUGGAACAACUGUAUCUGCUACAGUACCAUCAGUUAGUGGAACAACAGUCUCUGCCACAGGACCAUCAGUAGGUGGAACAACAGUCUCUGCCACAGGACCAUCUGUAAGUGGGACAACUGUCUCUGCCACUGGACCAUCUGUAAGUGGAACAACUGUUUCUGCCACAGGACCUUCUGUAAGUGGGACAACUGUUUCUGCCACAGUACCAUCAGUAAGUGGAACAACUGUUUCUGCCAGAGGACCAUCUGUGAGUGGAACAACUGUUUCUGCCACAGGACCAUCUGUAAGCGGAACAACUGUCUCUGCCACAGGACCAUCGGUUAGCGGAACAACUGUUUCUGCCACAGUACCAUCAGUAAGUGGAACGACUGUUUCUGCCACUGGACCAUCAGUAAGUGGAACAACCAUAUCUGCCACAGUACCGUCAGUGAGUGGAACAACAGUAUCUGUUUCAGGACCAUCUGUAAGUGGGACAACUAUAUCUGCCACAGGACCAUCUGUAAGUGAAACAACUGUCUCUGCCACAGGGCCAUCAGUAAGUGGAACAACAGUCUCUGCAACAGGACCAUCGGUUAGCGGAACAACUGUCUCUACCACAGGAACAUCCGUCAGUGGAACAACUUUUCCUGGCACAGGACCAUCCGUCAGUGGAACAACUAUCCCAGGCACAGUACCAUCUAUUUCGGUAUCAACUACUCAAAAGGGUGCAGCAGGUGGUACAUCUCCACCUAGAAUAUCAUUUGGAACUUCAACAAUAUCUGGCACAGUACCAUCUGUAAGUGGAACAACUGUUUCUUCCACUGGACCAUCUGUAGGUGGAACAACAGUCUCUGCAACAGGACCAUCGGUUAGCGGAACAACUGUUUCUGCCACAGUACCAUCUGUGAGUGGAACAACUGUUUCUGUCACAGGACCAUCAGUAAGCGGAACAACUGUCUCUGCCACAGGACCAUCGGUUAGCGGAACAACUGUUUCUGCCACAGUACCAUCAGUAAGUGGAACGACUGUUUCUGCCACUGGACCAUCAGUAAGUGGAACAACUGUUUCUGCCACAGGACUAUCUGUGAGUGGAACAACUGUUUCUGCCACAGGACCAUCUGUAAGUGGAACAACUGUCUCUGCCACAGGACCAUCUGUGAGUGGAACAACUGUCUCUGCCACUGGACCAUCCAUAAGUGGAACAACUGUAUCUGCUACAGUACCAUCAGUUAGUGGAACAACAGUCUCUGCCACAGGACCAUCAGUAGGUGGAACAACAGUCUCUGCCACAGGACCAUCAGUAAGUGGGACAACUGUCUCUGCCACUGGACCAUCUGUAAGUGGAACAACUGUUUCUGCCACAGGACCUUCUGUAAGUGGGACAACUGUUUCUUUCACAGUACCAUCAGUAAGUGGAACAACUGUUUCUGCCACAGGACCAUCUGUGAGUGGAACAACAGUAUCUGUUUCAGGACCAUCUGUAAGUGGGACAACUAUAUCUGCCACAGGACCAUCUGUAAGUGAAACAACUGUCUCUGCCACAGGGCCAUCAGUAAGUGGAACAACAGUCUCUGCAACAGGACCAUCGGUUAGCGGAACAACUGUCUCUACCACAGGAACAUCCGUCAGUGGAACAACUUUCCCUGGCACAGGACCAUCCGUCAGUGGAACAACUAUCCCAGGCACAGUACCAUCUAUUUCGGUAUCAACUACUCAAAAGGGUGCAGCAGGUGGUACAUCUCCACCUAGAAUAUCAUUUGGAACUUCAACAAUAUCUGGCACAGUACCAUCUGUAAGUGGAACAACUGUUUCUUCCACUGGACCAUCUGUAGGUGGAACAACAGUCUCUGCAACAGGACCAUCGGUUAGCGGAACAACUGUUUCUGCCACAGUACCAUCUGUGAGUGGAACAACUGUUUCUGCCACAGGACCAUCGGUUAGCGGAACAACUGUUUCUGCCACAGUACCAUCAGUAAGUGGAACGACUGUUUCUGCCACUGGACCAUCAGUAAGUGGAACAACUGUUUCUGCCACAGGACUAUCUGUGAGUGGAACAACUGUUUCUGCCACAGGACCAUCUGUAAGUGGAACAACUGUCUCUGCCACAGGACCAUCUGUGAGUGGAACAACUGUCUCUGCCACUGGACCAUCCAUAAGUGGAACAACUGUAUCUGCUACAGUACCAUCAGUUAGUGGAACAACAGUCUCUGCCACAGGACCAUCAGUAGGUGGAACAACAGUUUCUGCCACAGGACCAUCUGUAAGUGGGACAACUGUCUCUGCCACUGGACCAUCUGUAAGUGGAACAACUGUUUCUGCCACAGGACCUUCUGUAAGUGGGACAACUGUUUCUUUCACAGUACCAUCAGUAAGUGGAACAACUGUUUCUGCCACAGGACCAUCUGUGAGUGGAACAACAGUAUCUGUUUCAGGACCAUCUGUAAGUGGGACAACUAUAUCUGCCACAGGACCAUCUGUAAGUGAAACAACUGUCUCUGCCACAGGGCCAUCAGUAAGUGGAACAACAGUCUCUGCAACAGGACCAUCGGUUAGCGGAACAACUGUCUCUACCACAGGAACAUCCGUCAGUGGAACAACUUUCCCUGGCACAGGACCAUCCGUCAGUGGAACAACUAUCCCAGGCACAGUACCAUCUAUUUCGGUAUCAACUACUCAAAAGGGUGCAGCAGGUGGUACAUCUCCACCUAGAAUAUCAUUUGGAACUUCAACAAUAUCUGGCACAGUACCAUCUGUAAGUGGAACAACUGUUUCUUCCACUGGACCAUCUGUAGGUGGAACAACAGUCUCUGCAACAGGACCAUCGGUUAGCGGAACAACUGUUUCUGCCACAGUACCAUCUGUGAGUGGAACAACUGUUUCUGCCACAGGACCAUCAGUAAGCGGAACAACUGUCUCUGCCACAGGACCAUCGGUUAGCGGAACAACUGUUUCUGCCACAGUACCAUCGGUUAGCGGAACAACUGUUUCUGCCACAGUACCAUCAGUAAGUGGAACGACUGUUUCUGCCACUGGACCAUCAGUAAGUGGAACAACUGUUUCUGCCACAGGACUAUCUGUGAGUGGAACAACUGUUUCUGCCACUGGACCAUCUGUAGGUGGAACAACAGUCUCUGCCACAGGACCAUCUGUAAGUGGAACAACUGUCUCUGCCACAGUACCAUCAGUUAGUGGAACAACAGUCUCUGCCACAGGACCAUCUAUAAGUGGAACAACUGUAUCUGCUACAGUCCCAUCAGUUAGUGGAACAACAGUCUCUGCCACAGGGCCAUCUGUAAGUGGAACAACUGUUUCUGCCACAGGACUAUCUGUGAGUGGAACAACUGUUUCUGCCACAGGACCAUCUGUAAGUGGAACAACUGUCUCUGCCACAGGACCAUCUGUGAGUGGAACAUCUUUCUCUGCCACUGUACCAUCUAUAAGUGGAACAACUGUAUCUGCUACAGUACCAUCAGUUAGUGGAACAACAGUCUCUGCCACAGGACCAUCAGUAGGUGGAACAACAGUCUCUGCCACAGGACCAUCUGUAAGUGGGACAACUGUCUCUGCCACUGGACCAUCUGUAAGUGGAACAACUGUUUCUGCCACAGGACCUUCUGUAAGUGGGACAACUGUUUCUGCCACAGUACCAUUAGUAAGUGGAACAACUGUCUCUGUCACUGGACCAUCUAUAAGUGGAACGACUGUUUCUGCCACUGAACCAUCAGUAAGUGGAACAACAGUAUCUGUUUCAGGACCAUCUGUAAGUGGGACAACUAUAUCUGCCACAGGACCAUCUGUAAGUGAAACAACUGUCUCUGCCACAGGACCAUCUGUGAGUGGAACAACUGUCUCUGCCACAGGACCAUCUGUAAGUGGGACAACUGUCUCUGCCACAGUACCAUCAGUAAGUGGGACAACUGUUUCUGCCACAGGACCUUCUGUAAGUGGGACGACUGUUUCUGCCACAGUACCAUCUGUAGGUGGGAUAACUGUUUCUGCUACAGUACCAUCUGUGAGUGGAACAACUGUUUCCGCCACAGGACCAUCUGUGAGUGGAACAACUGUUUCUGCCACAGGACCAUCUGUAAGCGCAACAACUGUAUCUGCCACAGGACCAUCUGUAAGUGCAACAGCUGUCUCUGCCACAGGACCAUCUGUGAGUGGAACAACUGUUUCUGCUAUAGUACCAUCAGUUAGUGGAACAACAGUCUCGGCCACAGGACCAUCUGUUAGUGGAACAACUGUCUCUGCUACAGGACCAUCUGUGAGUGGGACAACUGUUUCUGCCACAGGACCAUCUGUAAGCGGAACAACUGUCUCUGCCACAGGACCAUCAGUUAGUGGAACAACUAUAUCUGCCACAGUACCGUCAGUAAGUGGAACAACAGUAUCUGUUUCAGGACCAUCUGUAAGUGGGACAACUAUAUCUGCCACAGGACCAUCUGUAAGUGGAACAACUGUCUCUGCCACAGGGCCAUCAGUAAGUGGAACAACAGUAUCUGUUUCAGGACCAUCCGUCAGUGGAACAACUUUCCCUGGCACAGGACCAUCCGUCAGUGGAACAACUGUCCCAGGCACAGUACCAUCUAUUUCGGUAUCAACUACUCAAAAGGGUGCAGCAGGUGGUACAUCUCCACCUAGAAUAUCAUUUGAAACUUCAACAAUAUCUGGCACAGUACCAUCUGUAAGUGGAACAAGUGUUUUUGCCACUGUACCAUCUGUAAGCGGAGCAACUGUUUCUGCCACAGGACCAUCAGUUAGUGGGACAACAGUAUCUGCAACAGUACCUUCUGUAAGUGGAACAACUGUCUCUGCCACAGGACCAUCGGUAAGCGGAACAACUGUCUCUGCCACAGGACCAUCCGUCAGUGGAACAACUAUACCAGGCACAGUACCAUCAGUUAGUGGAACAACAGUCUCUGCCACAGGACCAUCUGUGAGUGGAACAACUGUUUCUGCCACAGAACCAACUGUAAGUGGAACAACUAUCUCUGCCACAGGACCAUCGGUAAGCGGAACAACUGUCUCUGCAACAGGACCAUCGGUUAGCGGAACAACUGUUUCUGCCACAGUACCAUUAGUAAGUGGAACAACAUUCUCUGCCACAGUACCAUCAGUUAGUGGAACAACUAUUCCUGGCACAGUACCAUCAGUUGGUGGAACAACUGUUUCUGCCACAGGACCAACUAUAAGUGGGACAACAGUAUCUGCAACAGUACCUUCUGUUAGUGGAACUACUGUCUCUUCCACUGGACCAUCAGUUAGCGUAACAACCGUAUCUGCAACAGAACCAUCCGUCAGUGGAACAACAAUCCCAGGCACAGUACCAUCUAUUACGGUAUCAACUACUCAAAAGGGUGCAGCAGGUGGAACAUCUCCACCUAGAAUAUCAUUUGGAACUUCAACAAUAUCAGGCGCAGUUCCUUCUGUAAGUGAGACGACUAUAUCUGCCACAGUACCAUCAGUGAGUGGUACAACUAUACCUGCCACAGUACCGUCUGUAAGUGGACCAUAUGUUACAGGACCAACUAUUACUAAUGUCGGACCAUCAGUUACUGGAACCACUGUCGCUAGUAUUGGACCUUCUGUUAGUGGAACGACUGUUUCUGUUUCAGGACCACCCCUUACUGGAACUGUCACUGUGUCACCUGGAACAUCAGUAUCGGUCGGAGCAACAGCAUCUGGUACUACUUUAGCUGUUCAAACACUAACGACAGCUUCAAUAUCAACAUCUGGUACCCAAACAACACCUGGUUUACCACCCACAGCACCGGGCCUGUCGGUUACUGGUCCAACACCUGUAAUAACAACUAAAGGUGCAGCAGCUGGAUCUAUUCCUUCACAAAUGACAUUUAGAACAACUGUUUCAGGGCAACCCGGCAUAACAUCCACAAUACCAACGGCUACCGGAAUAACAUUUCCAGAGACUACGAUAUUACCAUGUGAUACAGUUGAAGGUAUGGAUGACCCAGCAUUGAUUGCUCCAGGAAGAAUUACAUCAAACAUUCCAACACAAAAUGAUAUAGAGGAGAUCCGACCCGGAGGAGAUUUAUUAAUUAUACCGGACGUACAAGAUCAAAAUCCAUCGAUAACUAUAACAUUAGAUGGAAGACCAGAAUUAGGAAAUAUAGAUAUUGUGCCGCUCUCUGAUGAAAGCAACGUGGCUACAUAUAUUGUUAGCGUGCAAGAUUUUGACGACGAUAGUCCUCGGCAGAUUGGACCUGUGUAUGACGGAGACGAGGUUGCCAUAUUCCCAGCUGAUACAUACGCAGACAAAGUUAUUAUUACUUUUUUGACUAAAAACAAUCCAAAUGAACCAUAUCAUGUAGACGUUGAGCUUCAUGCUUGUUUUGUAGGACAAACGCAUAUUGGUUUAGAGAAGUGGGUCCACGCGAAUGACUACGAUUUGACAAAGAGAGUAUGUUUGACAGGUCUUGAGUAUUUCUUCUUGUACAGAUUCUGUGAAGUUAAAAGUUAA